AUGUCUGACCUCUCUAGACGUUUGCAGAGCAAACGUCUUAAUUUCAUCAAACAAGCAUCUAGUUACUUGGAUUUUCUAUUAAAAAAACAAAAGGGUUUAAAAGUGCUUUUGUGUGAUGAACACACGUUUUCUAUCUUGAAUGUUGUCUACUCUCAGCAUCAGCUGCUCCAGAACAAUGUGGUUUUGGUAGAUAAGUUAUUCAACGAGGAGCGCUUCCCUAUGAAAUAUUUCUCCUGUAUCAUAUUUUGUCAGCCAUCAAAAUCUUCGCUCAAGUGUAUUUUUCAGGAGUUGGCAGAGGCAAACUUCAGCUCUUACUCAAUUUUCUUUUCUUACCUUUUAGACUCCUCUUUGUUGGAGUGCCUUGCUAUUGCAGAUCAGCUUAACCUGGUUACCCAUGUAGGGGAAAUAUAUUUGGACUCAAUCCCCAUCACGGAAUAUGUGUGCAUCUGCCAAUUGACACACAGUUUACUGAACCAUUCAUUAACUUCUUUAAUGAAUCCGCUAACUUAUGUUCACUGGAAUGCUAAUUCGUUUAGCCAGAUCACGAAAAGUAUCGUUAGCAUGAUGCUGCUUACCGAACGUCGCCCCGUCAUUCGUUAUCGUUCUGAUAGUAAAGUGGUCAAAAAAAUCGCGGAAGAAGUGGCCUCAUGUAUGAACACAAUGCACAGAACGUUUCCUGAUCAUAAGUCAAAAGAAUCUGUGCUUGUUAUUUUAGAUCGUAUGGACGACCCUUUAACACCACUUUUAAUGCCUUGGACUUAUGAGGCAAUGAUCCAUGAGCUCAUCGGGUUCCAGAACGGAAAUGAAAUUGUAAUUGAUUCCCUCGAAGCCAGCCCUGAGGAACGCCAUCACGUUCUUACGCCUCAGACUGAUUCCUUUUUUGAAAAGCACCGCUAUGGCGACUGGGGCCAGGUCUGUGGCGCGGUAAGCGAAAUGAUCAAUGCCUAUAAAGAGAUCAAUAACAUCAAGCAGACUAUUGUUUCUAUCGAAGAGAUCAAAAAUUUCAUGGCUCGCUUCCCCGAAUCCCGCCAGAAGUCUGUGCAGGUAUUCCGUCAUGCUGGUAUUACAAGUCAACUUGUGGCCGAAGUCAAAGGUCGCAACCUUACCCACCUGUCCGCGCUGGAGCAAGAUAUUAUUACCCGUAAUGACAUUACCGAACACAGUCGACUGAUGUUGGAGACAGUUCAGGAUCCGAAAACGGACCUUCACGAUGCCCUGCGAAUAACUAUGAUUUAUAAUCUUCGCUAUGAAAAAGCAUCCGGGAACAUUAUUUCCCGACUCAAACAGGAGCUAGAGAACAGACAGUGUGCAAAGAAAAAGAUAGACUUGAUUGAUCGCCUUAUCGAAUAUGCCGGUCAACAACGGCGUUCUCAUGAAAUCUUUAAACUUUCAACGGGACAUCUCCUUAAAUCUGUCCUCAAAUCAGUCAGACAACCCGAAAAAGAUGUUCAAAACGUUCUUACUCAGCACACACCACUCCUUAAGAAGCUCAUAAAUCGCUUGUACAACGGUACAUUAUCAGAAGAAAAAUAUCCUAUAAUGGAUGUACCGGGAUCGACCAUUCCUAUCUCUCAGAUGCCGUAUAUACGAACAAAAGAUAUUAUAAUAGCUUAUGCUGGUGGUAUCACUUUCACUGAGGCGAUGUUGUUAUGGCAAAUAAAUCAAGGCCUGGUAGAUAACAAUUCGGAGAGCCUGAUGAAUAUUAAAAUUUCUAUGUCUAGGCGACUUGUUGGUAAUGAGACUGUGGCUCCAUCGGAGCAGCCAUACACCGCAAAGAUUGAGGCACAGGUGGCGCUAAUUUCGACCGCCAUGAUAAAUUCUAAGAUGUUCAUUCACUCUUUGGAUCAAUAA